AUAAGCAAAAAUUAACGGAAGUACAGGUGCUUUGCAUGACAACGGGACUCAAUAUAAUUUGACACUAGUAAAAAAUACGGGCUGCUUUUCAGUUAUAGCUGACAUGGCGUAGAGAUGAGAAGUCAAGAACAUGAGCCUGAGCGCGACCCCUUCCUGUGCAAAUGUGGCCCCUGCAGGAAGUUCUGGCGCGACACGUUCAGUGACAGCGGGGAUCUGCUGAGGGAGGCGCCCAGCUGUCGUGCCAACCACACCGCCAUCCUCUCCGCGGACAGCAAGGUCGUCAAGGUCGGGGACAGAGUGCUGGUGCAGAGCCAGUUCCCAGGCACUGUGAAAUGGGUCGGUGUGCUGGACGAGGAUUCCAUUGCCCCAGAGCUGUAUGUGGGAGUCAGGCUGGACGAUAAUGUGAACUCCACUCACAAUGGCAUGUACAAUGGCAAGCGUUACUUCCAUGUGCCCCGCGGGCAUGGGGCUAUGAUUAAGUACACAGACGUUGUGCCCUUGAAACACCCAGAGAAGAAACCCCCUCUCAGCGGAAACUACAUGUUUCCCAGCUGGGAUGAAGUACAAAAGAGAAGGAAAGAAAGAAAUGUCAAACUGCAGAACAUCUAUGCGACUGCUGGGAUGCAGGGCCCUCAGUUUGUAGAGCCCUAUGUGUCACCCCCUAAGACGGCUGCCAGCCCCCAGCGCCAGUCACCCGUUAAGUCCCUACGAGAACCUGUCAUACACAUAGGCGACCCAAAUGACAUCGCUCUCAAGGAUGUGCAGCGGCGCGGUCAGCUGGACAGUCGGCGCAAAGUGCGUCGCGACGAUCGAGACCAGCGCGAGAUGGAACGGCUUCGGCAGCAUUUCGGAGGCGGACCGGACGCCGACCGCCUUGCGCAGACGCUAAAGAAACUGAAACUGGCGUACCAGGAAGGCAAGAACAUGAUGCGCAAGAAGUCUCCAACAGCGUUUGAUGCGGGCUCAGAGUCUGGCUUCAGUGACUACUGACUGAUGGGGUUCAGGGGACAUUGACUGUUAUUGUUUUAGGAUGGUUCAUAAGUUGUGAUAAUGAGAUUAAAACGCUGUGUUAUAUUUGGUACUUGAAACUUUAUACAAAGCCAAACAUAUUGCAGAAUUAUUAAUUGUCAAGAAUUGUUUGCUGACAGUUUUUGACUGUUAUCUAUAAAUUAUGGCCCCAGUCAGACAGAAUUAUAGAACUCUCAGGUCUUGUUAAGUUGUUAUGCUUUUUCCUCAGAAGCAGAACUCCUCAUUACAAAAACAAUAUUAUAAAUCAGGACACAGAAUGUUUUCCUACUUGUUUCUAAUUGUUGGAUUCCCUAUUUGGUUCAGCAGAUUUUCCUGAUUUCUGCAAUUAGGUUAAUACCAUAGAAAUUCUGAAUACACUGUCAGUAAAAUAUAGACCUGGGCCAAUAUUCACAAAGCACCUGAUGGGAGUCUUAUCUGAACUUUUAAAUAAGUGAAAUCUUCACAUCCAAUUUUUCUCUGCAAUCUCCACUGUUUUUACUUACAAAAUAUCACACUAAUAAUCAAUUAAGCAUUAUUUACUUGUUUGAAAUACUUCAACGUAAAAAUUCCUGAAUGGCAAUGAGAUUUGAGAAAUUUUGUAAAUUUUAGAAAUUUCCUUAAAGCCCCAUGAACACUCAAAAUUGAAAAAAUAUUUUAUAAAAUAUUUCGUAAAAUUAACUUAACCCAUAAAUUCAUUAAAGCAAUAGCCAAAAUUUUCCGAUAGACGCUAGAUGUUAUCUGGUAAAAUAGAUUUAAUGAGAUAGAAAAUGCUUGUUUUUAUUUUUUGUGUGGCAAUAUGUUCCACAUGAAUUUCCCGUUACAAAAUCUGAACUUGUUAUCAUCCAACAUCUAGCGUUGACAUUUUGGCUAUUACUAUAAGUAACAUUGAUUUCAUAUGGGUUAAUUUUAUUUUACAAAAUAUCUUACCAAAUAUUCGUUGAUUUUGAGUGUUAAUGGGGAUUUUAGGUGAUUUGUGAAUAAGUACCUAGGCUUGUAACUUCCUUAGCUUCAGUGUGACUGGUUAAUUAUAUUGAUCAAAUCUUGGUGAAACACAUAUGAUGUAUUGAUUGAUUUUUAUGCCCCCGAAGGAGGACUUGAAGUGAUUGGACUGUCCAUCCGUCUGUCUGUCACACUUUGCGUUUAAGUUUUGAAAAAUGCUCAUAACUUCUAUGUCACUUCAGAUAACAAUUUCAUAUUAGGCAUGCAAGUGUAUAUGGCCUUUCCAUACGCACACAAAUUUUGACCUCUGUGACCUUGACCUUGAACUUAGGGUCCGCAUUUAGGUUUCGAAAAUCUGCGUUAAGGUUUCGAAAAAAGCUCAUAACUUCUAUCAAGCGUUUAUAGGGGGCAUAAGUCAUCCUAUGGUGACAGCUCUUGUUUAUGCAUACAUGUAUAGUGACUUUGUAAAUGAGACUUUAUUUGCUAUGCAUUUGCUAUCUUUGUUUUCAGUGUUGUGUCAUGCUUUUAGAAGUUUGUAGUUUUGUUUUGUUAUUUAAAAUAUCUAUCAGACGGCAAAAAUUUUUUUUGGUUGUUUGCAUGUUUUAAUUUUUAAAUUCAAAUUAUUUUAAAUAAAAGGAAAACUUAAAUUGCUGCAGUAUUCCCUCUGUACUUGCUAUGACAUCUUACAAAUACAGAUUGAGUGUCCGUUUUUGACCUUGAACUGUUUCUUAAAUAAGAAAUACUUUUUCCUCUCCAUAGCUUGAGUUUUUGUAUAGGGUAUUGUUCUCAAAUUGUAUGCCUUGAUAGCUAAAAUUUCAACAUAUCUUGAAAUGACCCAAUUAUUAAAAUUAUAACUAAUUUGAAAACGUGGUUUUGUGGCACAGCUUUUUACUAUACCCCAGAGGUGUAUAGUUUUGGUGUUGUUCGUCCGUCCAUCUGCCACAAACUUUUCAGGGCUAUAUCUCAGAAACUUUACUUAAAACCUCUUGGAUGUAUAGCUAUCAAUCAGAAGAAGAGCAAUGCACAAGAGCCAUAACCAUCCACUUUGUUAAAUAUGAUUUAUUGCCCUUUGUUGUGUUUGUUUGUUGUCUUUUUGCUACAAACUUUUCCAGUCUAUAUUUCAGAUACUAUACAAGAAUUCAACAUUAAACUGCAUAUGUUUAUAGAUAUCAAUGAGGAGAAAUGCCAUGCACUUAAACAAUAAGCCUACUCAUUUUACAGUGUUUGUCCUGUUUCUCCAUCAGUCCCAUCAAACAACUAAAUGUUUUUCAGAUGGGGGGUAAAUUCAAAGAAUGCAUAUGUUUUGUUGUUGUUUUUUUCAUGCUGCAGAUCAAUUUGUGACAAUUUUCCUUAAUGAUAAACAGUUAUUAUUGUUGAUAAAUUCAUAUGUGAGAAAAUAUGAGUACUGGUAUAUAUUGUUCAUAUGUGUAUAUUUUUUCAGGGUAAAACUGUUGAUAUGCCACUGUGAUAGCAUUUUGAAUGUAUUGAUGGUUUACUUUAUACAUGAAUUGUGCCUUAUUAUAUUGUGACAUGUUAAAUCAUCGGACAUUGCAGAAUAAACAAUCAAAACAAA